GUGACGGGUCGUGGUCCAAAGACAGGCUGGGUCAGCAUCAAAGUCUCCGGCAAAGACCUGCUGGUGAGGUGCAGUGAUCCUGAAGUACCUUCCACCUGCGAGGCGACCUCGGACAACGAGCCACCAGAACUGGAGGCCCACGACGAAGAAGACGAAGUUCUCUCGGUGGACGAUGAAGUGCUCACGGACACCCGGACACCCAACCGAUGGGAGGAGGAGGUAGAGGAGGUGGAAGCUUUAUCUUCCGAGAGCGCUGAAGGCCUGACGACAGUGGCUUCAAUGGAUUCCGAGCGAGCCAGAGGUGGAUUGGGCAGUGGAUCAACCGUGUUUCCAUUGCAGAGGGGCCGCCUGAGCAAAGACUGGUUGAAGAAGGACUUUGAAUUGCGCCCCGGCGGCUAUGCCAUGAUGCGGAGGCCUGUGAUGGAAACCUCUUCCGGUGUUUCCAUGAUGAGGACUCGAAUGACAGAGAACUCCCAUGGAGCUUUGCCAAUUCCCAGGCCCACGUUGGCCCGACCCAAUGUUCCCGUGGUGACCGCAAUGCCGCAACCAGCCAGAAUGCUCUAG